CACAACAAUCCCCUGUGGGGCUGGUGUAACCAGGAGGUUCCUACCAGUAACAUUGUUGUUGUCGUGCAAAUUGGCAGUGGUGCCUGACUCGGCUGAAUCUGCAGCCCGGCAGCGGCAGAGCAGAGGCAGCGAGAGGCCUCGUCGCUGCUGCUAUUCACUCGCUUAUAGUUCUGCCGUGUUCACUACAUCUCUGCUGUGUUCACUAUCAUCUCUGCCGUGUUUACUACAUCUCUGCUGUGUUCACUACAUCUCUGUGUUCACUACAUCUCUGCUGUGUUCACUACAUCUCUGCUGUGUUCACUACAUCUCUGCCGUGUUCACUACAUCUCUGCAGUGUUCACUACAUCUCUGCCGUGUUCACUACAUCGUAUUCACACGCAAGUAUUUCUAUACACACAUCCCUAUUUCUAUAUAUAUAAUACACAUACAUCUCUAUUUCUAUAUAUAUAAUACACAUACAUCUCUAUUUCUAUACAUAUAAUACACAUACAUCUCUACUUCUAUAUACACACAAACAUCUCAUCCUCGCAGCAAGUCCCGUGGCCCGCGAUUUGUGUGAAUUCGCCGAGCCGGCGUUGUCGUAAAAGCCACAAAAUAUGGCGUGUGCGGUGGCCACCCCGUUGCUGGAGCCAAGCGGGGACUUCCCGGCGUGGCUGGAGGCGCAGGGCGUGAACAAGGAGGUGGCCCGGGCCAUGGACUCGGAGCUGGGCAUCCGGGACUACGGGGUCCUGAGCGCCUGCGUCGGGGACGGCCUCGUGCGUGCCGAGCUGCUGGCCACGGCGCGCGACCGCCUGCCCUUCGGCUUCUACGCCGUGCUGCGGCAGGUGGUGAAGGCCCUGCAGGGCGCCGAGCCCCAUGACGCUGGGACGCCGCGCUGGGACGAUGCCACCGCCAUCAAGGCCUCCCCUGGCGACGUGACGCUGGGAGGCCUGAUGGACGUGCUGCUCGCCCUGUUCAGCGGCUUGAGCCGCGAGCUGCUGAUGUCCGUGCAACGACUCGGAGCCAUGGACGGUCUUAAGUAUGAAGUGCCUUCUCCUUCAGCCGGUGAUGCAGUCGGUAAUGAAAUUAUGACGGCCGAAAUGGAUCGUUCAAUGGAGAAUGGUGAGAUCGAAGAAACGCCACCUCCAGAUGUGGAUGACACUCAACCCAACCUGCCAGUGGAUCGGAUUAAAAUGGAGCCAUUCGGAGAUGCUGCUGAAUUUACUGACAAUGCAAUGCUUCCUCGGACAUCGGAGCAUGGUUCCAUGAUGUGUAUUUCUAAUCCGAUCUUUGAUAAAGUUUCAUUGGAGUCUCACGCCACUCUCGCGUUCAAAGUUGUGAACUCGCAGCAGAUCGAGGACGAGGGCUGUACGCUUGCUGUCGAGACGGCCCCUGCUCUGUGGGCACACGGGGCACAGGACGCCAUUCAAAACGAAGAAGCAGCCUCCACCUGUGCACGUGAGUACGUGUCACUGCCACCAACGGAGGGGUGCUCCUUCGAGCCGUCAGUGGCGAGCCGAAAUGGGUUCCUCCCGGCAGCCGUUGCACGAAGUCUGACCAUCGGAGGGAGUGGCUCCUACGAGCCGGGCGUGUGGUUUGCCACCGCCGAGCACUCGAGGAAGAAUACAAACCUGUCGCCGGGACGCGUAGUCCAGAAACCUUACCGCUGCGAAGUAUGCGGGCACUGCUUCUCGCAGGGCGGGCACCUGAAGAUCCACCUGCGUACACACACAGGGGAGAAGCCCUACCGCUGCAAGGUGUGCGGCCAGACCUUUUCGCAGCAGUGCAGCCUCAAACGGCACCAUCGCAAGCACACGGGCGAGCGUCCGCACCGCUGCGGGGAGUGCGGGCGCGGGUUCUCGCAGCCCAACGACCUGCGGGCGCACGAGCGCACGCACACGGGCGAGAAGCCGUACGGCUGCCAGGUGUGCGGCCAGGCGUUCUCGCGGUCCUCUAGCAUGAAGAUUCACAUGCGCACACACACGGGCGAGAAGCCCUACCGCUGCGACGUGUGCGGACAAGCCUUCACGCGUGCGUUCAGCCUGCGCUUCCACCAGCGUACGCACGGAGGGUCGAGCGCAGCGCCGCUGCCACCACCACCGCCGCCUCAGAUGGGGAGUUUUGUUGAUGGUGCCACAGACGUUUUUACACGCUCCAGGCCAGCGACCCGCUAUGAAACCCCCGUGUGCAAACUGUUCACCGCGGUCCCUAACCCUGCAAUCUGCCGUUGGGAGGAAGCGGAGUUAGCUCCGCGUACGAGGGGAGAAGCUUCACUUGCGUUUGGAGUCCUCGGUCCUCUCUUCGUCUUCCUCCUCCUCUUCUUCCUCCUCAUCCUUUCCGCCUGUACACGGAGACGCUUUCGUCGAUUCGCUGUCAUCUCCAGGGCGAGCCUCGUGCGCGGGGAGCGGUGGCGCAGUGGUCAGCGCGCCGAACCCAUCCGGAGCAGCAGCAGCAGCAGGAGGACCCGGGUUCGAUUUCUCGCUCACGGCCAAAAAAAACCGAGAAUGGCGUGCGCGGUGGCCACCCCGAUUCUGGAGCCGAGCGGGGACUUCCCGGCGUGGCUGGAGGCGCAGGGCGUGAACGAGGAGGUGGCCCGGGCCAUGGACUCGGAGCUGGGCAUCCGGGACUACGGGGUCCUGCGUGCCUGCGUCAGGGAUGGCCUCGUGCGGGCCGAGCUGCUGGCCACGGCGCGCGACCGCCUGCCCUUCGGCUUCUACGCCGUGCUGCGGCAGGUGGUGAAGGCCCUUCAGGGUACCGAGCCCCACGACGCUGAGACGCCGCGAUGGGACGACGCCGCUUCCUCCCCUGGCGACGUGACACUGGGAGGCCUGGUGGAGGUGCUGCUCGCUCUGUUCAGCGGCUUGAGCCGGGAGCUGCUGCUGUCCGUGCAGAGGCUGGGCGAGUGGGAUGGAUUAAAGUUGGGGACAGUUGCUGGCAGUUUUGAAGAUGAGACCACUGAAAUGGAUCGUCAUGUCGAAAAUGAUAAGCCAGACGAGAGGUCCACUCCAGUCAUGGAUGCCUCCUAUGGCACCAUAGCAACGGAUCAUGUUAAAAUGGAGUCCUAUGAAGAUGACGAUGCUUAUUUCUCGAAUUCCAUACUGGAUCCUCAAUUGACAGAGCAAGGUUCCGUGGAGUACACUACAAAGAAACGCUUUGGUAAACGUCUGCUGGAGAGCCAUCCAGAUCUCAUCAUUGAAGGCGUGACCUCGCUGCCCAAUGCGUACGAGGUAGGCGCUGGCCAAUACGCUUUGACAGAGUCGGAGAAAGGCGAAAUGACCGAAGCAGAAGAAGAAAUCGCCGCCACCGCCGCCGUCGUGAAGACUGCAGCCCAGCCGCUGAGGGGGCGACGCUCAUUCCCGCGCAGGCAAACCAUCGGCAGGAGGGUCUCGGCAAAGCGCCGGCAGAAGCCCUCCGGUGGAGAUACCGAGCCGUACGAGCACAAGUGCUCGCUGGCGAAUGCAGCCGCCGCCGCCGCGGACAAGCCGCACCGCUGCAAGUUGUGCGGGCAGGUCUUCGCGCAGAGCAGCCAGCUGAAGGCCCACGCACGCACGCACGUGGGCGAGAAGUCCUACCGCUGCAAGGUGUGCGGUCAGGUGUUCGCGCAGGCGUUCGGCCUGCGGCGCCACCUGCAGAUGCACUCGGGCGAGAAGCCGUUCUGCUGCGAUGUGUGCGGCCACGGCUUCUCGCAAGCGUUCGGCCUCAAGCGGCACCAACAGAUCCACACGGGCGAGCGGCCUCACCGCUGCCAGCUGUGCGGCAGCGGGUUCUCGCAGCCAUGCGACCUCAAGAUCCACCUGCGCAAGCACACGGGAGAGAAGCCCUUCUGCUGCAAGGUGUGCGGCCACGGGUUCUCCCAGCGCUGCCACCUGAAGAUCCACCUGCGGAAGCACACGGGCGAGAAGCCCUACCGCUGCAAGGUGUGCGGCCAGUGCUUCUCGCAGAGCUUCAGCCUCAAGCGGCACCAGCAGAUGCACACCGGCGAUAGGCCGCACCGCUGCACCGAGUGCGGGCGCGGUUUCUCGCAGCCCGGCGACCUGAGGGCACACGAGCGCACGCACACGGGCGAGAAGCCGUAUAGCUGCGACGUGUGUGGCCAGACCUUCACGCGCUCCACUGACCUGCGCUUCCACCAGCGUAUGCACGUGGAGGAAAGUGGUGCUGUGGGGGAAACUUUUUGAGGCCGCCAUCGUUGUAUUCCAGCUGAGGUCGUAGGUUUUUCGCAUUUGUGCUGUACUGUUUGGCACGAUGUCCCCAAUGUUUCACGCCACACGCUGAUAAGGUUUUUCAGUUCGUGCAUUUUUGGGUUGUGCCGCGUGUUGUUAGCCUUAGUGUGUGUUAGUCGGAAGCUCCCGGCACAUGGGGCGAAACGUCGGACGUUGUGUUGAACAACGCGUAGUGGCACAACCUGAAACCACGUCAAAAUGUUUUACUGUUAAGAACGAUGGAGUAUGAAAAAAAAAUGGCCGGAGUGGAUCAGGGGCCAGAGUACUUCUCUGGCGCUGCUGAAAACCUAGGUUCAAAUCCAGCUUUCAGUUUCUGUUCUCAAGUGGAGUGAGUUUACAGUCUUGGCCUGGUCACAAAUGACUGCACAAAACCCCACCACGUUGAAUUUGCCUUUCGCUUUAUUUUGCUGAACAUUUAUCUUUAUCGGGACGAAUGGGAAAGUGCACCCCCUAGUGUAUGGAUAAAAUACAGUCGCUGAAACAGUUCUCAGAAGUCAUUCUAUGAUGUCAUUUUUGCGGGCAGUUUUUAUAACAUGUGAGUGAGUGAGACUUUGGAGACUUGGGGUCUCCCAAGUCUCACUUGUGAAAGAGGUGUGCUAUUUCAAUAUGCUCUUUUCAUCUGGUUAUAGUCAGAAAGAGCAUCGCAAGCAGCAGUCAUGUUAUGAGACCAGAUCAAAAUACAACUCGUAAGAUUUUAGACAAUGCCAGUAGACAAAGAGCAGAUUUCAAACCAUGCUUAUUAAGGUGAGCUAAUCAAGUAUCUUGUUUCGGAGAAUAUAGGUGCGUGUUUAGUGUUAAUUUUUUAGGCACAGUUCUUGGUACUGGGUUUAAAUAACCAGAUAAGAGUUUUGAAUAAGGUUAUGCGGCGAAGUCGAGGUUUAAGGUAAAUGCACAGAUACAUGGCAAGCCGAUCGUUAGUAGCAGGCACACUACUACGAAAUUGUCUGCAUCGGAGGCACUAGCUGAAGCAAGGGCAGCUGUACAAAUGUGUUGUCAAUGCUUGUGGAAUUCUUAUCUAGUACAAACCAUCCUGGUGUAGCGAGAGCACUGGAUAGUGCGCUGUGCUGAGAACCUGGCAAACCUGCGUUCUAUUUCUGGCCACAGCUAACAUCGCUUGCAGAUUUGUAUCUGUGCCGCUCCUGGGUUCCAACCACUUCAACCCGGCACUGACUAGCACGGUGAAGGAUGGUCAAACAAUCCCCCAGAGUCAGCGCACUGGGGGAGGCCUUCAUCCAGCAGUGGAUGGACGAAGGGUUGUAAAUUACUAUUUGUUCUUAUUACUCACGGAUAUAGCCUCAAGACUGAUGGCUUUUGUGAUUCAACAGCCACAAUCACCAGUGACAACACGUGCCGAGUCACACUUACAUUGCCUCAUAUGAACGCGUGGAAACGUGCACUGGCAAAGUCAACAAAGCCAUAUUGCCACCCUUCUCAGACAAAUACGAGGUCGCACUAGUUGGUAGAAAUUCCAAUUGUUUUAUGAUGGGGGGGGGGCUUUCUUUCCAUGGAGCUUGUUGAUCCACAAGGUGGUACUCGAUGGAUUCAUCACAGAGGGAUAAUGGUGGGCCAGGGUUGAUCUCCAACCAAUAUUUAAACUUGCAACUUUCUUAUACCCCUUUUACACCGUACAACUGAGCCGUGCUAAAUCAGCCUGUCGUGACUCAGGAGGCACCGGUUACAUUUUUUCUACCCCACCCAUGGUCCUGCUUGGCCCCAAGACAUAUUCAGUUGUCUUGUGAGGCCAGAGUUGCUUUUGGCUCAGCUCUGCAAAUAUCCAGUGGGAUCCACACACACACACACAUAUAUGCUGAGGGCCGUGCGCUGGUGCAGCUCAGAUGUGUUUGGCUGGAUCAGGCAAUUUACUUGGUUUUGAGAAAGCUUCCUGGCGCUGUCAAAUGCUCUUUAAGUUCGUGCAUAAAUGUGUUUGGCUUUUGAAGGUCAAUGUAGUUCAUGCUGAAUUCACUGUUGGUGAAAA